CAGAACUGUUAACAGAUUAGUGCUUAGUAACUGCACCACAAGCUCACACACGUUUCAAAAAUGACCAAAAUUUCGAUUUUUCUCUUCGCUCUAGCCACCACACUCCCAAAACUAGUUUCAAGUGACGAAAACACAACCCUAGAACUAGUUCACGUAAUCUUUAGACACGGAAAUCGAGCUCCCCAAAAAAACUUGCUCUAUCCCAAAGACCCCCACAUCAACGCGUCGUACCAUCCGGCGGAUUUUGGCGAACACACAAAUAUUGGGAAAUUGAAACAGUACCGUUUGGGAGAGGCUUUACGUCAACGAUAUAAGACAUUUUUGGGACCUUACUCACUCGAAACUGUGGAUGCACGUUCCACAGACUACGCCAGAACUAAAGUUUCUUUACAGUUGGUUUUAGCUUCGUUGUUUCCACCUGAAAAUGAGUUUGUUUGGAACGAAAAUUUGAAGUGGCAGCCUGUAGCUUUCAACUACUGGCCUAUUAAAAAUGACCACGUUUUAGGGCAACCGUAUAGAAACUGUCCACGAUACAGGAAACUGUAUUUGGAUUUUUUAAACUCGACACAAGGGAGAAAAAUGUAUGAAAAUUACACUGAAACGAUGAAGUACCUGGAGGAGCAUACAGGUUUGAAUAUUACGAGUAAGGCGGCACUUGAGUUGUACUUGAUUCUGGAUAUGGAGCGAGAGAACGGAUUACAACUUCCAAACUGGACUAAGUCUGUUUUUCCAAGUGUUAUGCUCGGUUUGGUCCAUUUGGAGUACCAAGCGAAAGUGGCAACUGAUGAAAUGAAGAGGUUAUCGUCUGGAUUUUUGCUCAAAAAAAUUAUCAAAGAUACCAGACACAAGAUUCGAAAUGUUUUGCCUCAGAAACGGAAAAUGUUUUUGUAUUCUGCUCAUGAGUAUAAUUUAACGUAUUUGAUGCAGCUUUUGGGGAUAUAUUAUCCGCAUAUUCCGCCAUUUUCGUCGUAUAUUUUGAUUGAAAUUCAUAAUUUUGGAGGGGUUAGGAAAGUGAGGGUUUUUUAUCAGGAUUAUAGUGGGGAAAAACCAAUGGAGUUGAAAUUGCCAAAUUGUCAGAGGUUUUGUAAUUUUGACCAAUUUGUUAAGUUGUACAAAAUAUAUUUGCCUAAAUCAAGUAAAGAAUGUGACUUAUAAUGUAAUUAUUAUUUAGACAAAAAUUUUUUUGCAAAAAUAUGUAUCGUAAAUUAAAAAAAAAUGUCCAAUUUCUUAAACAAAUUAU